AGAUAAUUAGAGGUCAGAGAAUCAUAUUCCGUGGGCCCCCUCCAAGAUCUUUGCCCAGCGUUUGGAUAUCUGAACGACUCACCGAAUCGCGUUCUGGCUGCCUGCCUCGGGGAAACCGCCCGAUCAGCGUCUUCUCUUCAGUUCAACAUGGUCCCUACUGCCAAGCGAUACAAGCCCAAAGCCCAGAGAUAUGAGGAGACGACUGCCAUGUUCCCCUCCCUCCACGAGGACGUCAUGAACGCGCUUGCUGAGUGCUCGAUUGUCCCCGAGCCGUGGUUCAAUAACAACGAGACCGACGGGACCGUGAUGGAGGACUACUCAACAUUCGUCAUGGGUCGAUUCGACUGUCGCAACCAAAAAUGCCCUCAACGCGGUUGGAGUAGCAAGAAGAUUGCCAUCUGCAUCCGGCGGUUUCCAAACUCCGGCUACAAUGCGACCGUUUACAAGCAGCGUUGCAAGUCCUGCGACAGGCUGGGCACGCUUCGGCUCGACGACAACUCAUACGUUGAGAGAGUCGCGUACCGGCUGAAGAAGUGGGCUGGCGUCCCCAUGGAGAUGCCAUUGUAUCGUGGGAUAAUAUCGGGUGGCCCCCCGCACAUGUUUGAGCUUUGCGAAGGGUGCAAAGCGGGACGCUGUCAGGGAUAAUUAGGUGCCAGAUGUUACGACUUGGUUCGCGGUUUGGGUUCAGUGCACGGAUUGUGAUCAGGUCGACCCUCGGCAGUAAUGAGGGCUGUGGCUCAUGAGCCAUUCAGGGAUUUGUCACAGAUCGAGCUGGCGAAUGUCUGAUGUACUGUACAGGUUAUACCUCGCUGAAAUUGAAAAGGUAGAUAUGUCGGC